AUGUCUAAGUUCGGCGUUUUAGUUAUGGGCCCUGCCGGGGCAGGCAAGACCACUUUCAGCAAUGCUAUUAUCCAACAUCUUCAAACUACGCGUCGAAGCUGCUUCUACGUCAAUCUAGACCCCGCCGCCGAAACCUUCACCUACGAACCCGAUCUCGACAUUCGAGACCUUAUCACCUUGGAAGAUGUGAUGGAAGAGCUUCAACUCGGUCCUAAUGGUGGUCUCAUCUAUUGUUUCGAGUUCCUCCUGCAGAACCUGGAGUUCUUAUCCGAAGCUCUCGAUCCCUUGAGCGAGGAAUACCUCAUCAUCUUCGAUAUGCCCGGUCAGAUCGAGCUUUACACACACAUCCCGCUCCUCCCGUCAUUAGUCCAAUACCUGUCUCGUCAAGGUCCUCUCAACAUCAAUCUUUGUGCUGCAUACCUUCUAGAGAGCACAUUCGUUGUCGACAAGGCCAAGUUCUUCGCCGGCACUUUGAGUGCAAUGUCCGCUAUGUUGAUGCUGGAGAUCCCUCACGUCAACAUUCUGAGUAAGAUGGACCAGGUCAGAGAUAUGGUGAGCCGCCGCGAGCUCCGACGGUUCACCAAUGUCGAUGUUGGGUUAUUAUCAACCGAGGAGGAUGACCCGACUGUGACCGCGAACCCCAUGGCCAAGGAUGCCCUGCUUAGCGGUGGCUCCUUCAAACAACUCAACCGAGCCGUCGCCCAAUUGAUCGACGACUUCAGUAUGGUCUCCUUCCUACAAUUGGAUGUUCAGGACGAGGACAGUGUUUCGGGCGUUCUAAGCCAUAUCGACGAUGCCAUUCAAUACCACGAAGCCCAAGAACCCCGAGAGCCGAAGGACGAGCAGGAGGUGAAUUACGAAGACGCGUAA